GGGGGACUCGACGUGGAAGAGCGCAACUUCUUUUUGGAGCAAAUAUCUUUGAAGGAAAGCUGGGCAUCAAAGCUAGGAUAAAACUGCUUGGGCGCUUGCAAGGUUGAACUUGCGGUGCGGUCUCUCGUGACUGCGUUUGUGUAGCAUAGAUUUUGACCGCCUGUGAAGCUACAUAAUAUUUUGGAAAGUCCACCACCUGGGGAAGGUUGAAGCCCCGAAAAGGCAACAGGAUGGGGCGUGGCGGCGAUGCAACGGUUCCUGCUGAAGGACAGCGCGUCCCAGCAUUCCCCCGAGCUCCAUCGGACAAGCCCCCCUUCACCGUCGGCGACCUCAAGCGCGCGAUUCCCCCCCACUGCUUCAAGCGCUCCCUGCUGACAUCAUUCUCCUACCUGGCCACCGACCUCGCAAUCAUCGCCGCGCUGGCCUUUUCCACUCGCUACUUCGAGCACCCCACCGUCCCAAAACUUGUGUCGUACCUUGUUCUCUGGCCCCUCUACUGGGCAAUCUGUGGCAGCGUGGCCACGGGAGUCUGGGUCAUCUCUCACGAGUGCGGCCAUCAGGCAUUCAGCGACUAUGGAUGGGUCAACGACACCGUCGGGCUCGUGUUUCACUCCGCACUCCUGGUGCCCUACUUCUCGUGGAAGUACUCGCACCGAAGGCAUCACAGCAACACCGGAAGUCUGGCCAAAGACGAGGUGUUUGUCCCCCCUCACGCGGACAACCUGCCUUGGUUUGGCGUCCUGACCGAGUUCUCUCUAGGCCGUUUCAUGUACCUCACCUUCAUGCUCCUCGCCGGCUGGCCGUCAUACCUCAUCACCAACGCGACCGGCCGCCCUUACAAAGGUUGGGCGAACCACUUCGUCCCCCAGUCGCCUAUCUUCAACAAGAGCGAGCAGUUCUUCGUCCUCGUCAGCGAUCUCGCGCUGGUUGCAGUGAUCUACGGGCUCUACACUCUGAGCGGCUUGUACGGCGGCGCUUGGCUCUUCAAGGUUUACGGCGCCCCCCUGCUGGUGGUCAACAGCUUCCUGGUGCUCAUCACAUUCCUGCAGCACACGCACCCCGCACUGCCGCACUACAAGGACAAGGAGUGGGACUGGCUGCGCGGGGCGCUCGCCACCGUUGAUCGCGACUACGGCAUCCUCAAUAUCGCGCACCACCACAUUGCCGACACCCACGUGGCGCACCACCUGUUCUCCACGAUGCCCCACUACCACGCGCAGGAGGCGACGGAGGCGAUCAAGCCGGUGCUCGGGCCGUACUAUCAGAAGGACACGACGCCCAUCUACGAGGCCAUGUGGCGGGAGAUCAAGGAGUGCAACUACGUUGAGGCUGACGAGCCGUCCAAGCCGGGCGUCCUUUGGAUGAAGAGCCGCAGCGACCUGAAGGCAAAGAAGGGCAACUAGCCGAAGUUCGCAUUACGGCUGGCCCUUUCUGCAAAAAAAACACGCCGAUGGAUGGUAACUCUUGCAUUAUUGCGUUGGCGUUGCUCGCGGAGCGAAUUGGCGAGAAGCUGGAUUUGGGAUUCGUAGCGCCGGGCACAUUGCCACGAGUGCGCUGGUUGGGAGUGCUGAUUUGUACAGGAUGUCUCUGAUAUUGAGAGUUCGUAUGCACGAACAACGAUUGCAUGUAGCGGAAGAGGAACGGGAGUGCUUGAUCCGAGGGAGGGUCGAUAGGCAGUUGUAUAGUUGUUCCCCCAAUCAGAUUCUGUUGAGCCACGCCUAAUUAGGAUUGCAUGUACACUAAGCGCCACUUGCCACUCAGUUUCAAUGACUGCCGUUGUUGAUCUUCUAGAAUCAUCUGAAGUUUGCGUAGCCUUCUCCUGCACCGACUGACACAAUGCUUCCAGCCCCACUGAUCAGGUCUACUGACAAGGAUUCAGUCAUAUGUUUACUCGAUUUGAUUCUUGACUUGAUUCGAACUUCAUGC